AGACAGGAAGGAAGAGAAGAAUAGCGUGAUAAAAAAGUUGUUUGUGAAUCAUUUAAGAAUCUAAAGACAGAAAUCACAAACUGAAUGAAACUUUUGUUUGAUGUACUUCAUUGUCUAGAAAAAGCAAUGCCUGUAAAAAAUCUCUAUGAGAAGACAGAGGAGUAUAUUCACACACAUAAAGCAUCAUCUUCAGAAUCCAGCUGUGUUUCUAUAAAGAGUGACAGAUCCAUGGGAAUCCCUCCUCUUCUCAGCGAUGGGGCAGACAUGGCCUUUAAAAUAAGUAUCUGUGAGAUGAAAGAGGAGGAUGUUCACACACAUAAAGCAGCAUCUCCAGAACCCAGCUGUGUUUCUGUGAAUAGUAAGAGAUUCAUGGGAAUCCCUCCUCUUCUCAGUAAUGAAGCAGUGACCUCUGACCCUGACUCUGCCCGUAAAAUGAGUCUCUAUGGGAAGAGAGAAGAGGAGGAGGAUGUUCAGAAACAUAAAGCAGCAUCUACAGAAUCCAGCUGUGUGUCUAUGAAGAGUGACAGGUCUAUGGUGAGCCCCCUUGAAUUUAGUGAUGGAGCAGUGACCUCUGACCCUAACUCUGCCCGUAAAAUGAGUCUCUAUGGGAAGAGAGAAGAGGAGGAGGAUGUUCAGAAACAUAAAGCAGCAUCUACAGAAUCCAGCUGUGUGUCUAUGAAGAGUGACAGGUCUAUGGUGAGCCCCCUUGAAUUUAGUGAUGGAGCAGUGACCUCUGACCCUAACUCUGCCCGUAAAAUGAGUCUCUAUGGGAAGAGAGAAGAGGAGGAGGAUGUUCAGAAACAUAAAGCAGCAUCUACAGAAUCCAGCUGUGUGUCUAUGAAGAGUGACAGGUCUAUGGUGAGCCCCCUUGAAUUUAGUGAUGGAGCAGUGACCUCUGACCCUAAAAGUACUGCCUGUAAAAUGAGUUUCUAUGAGAAGAUUGAGGAGAAGGAGGAUGUUAAAGCAAUAUCUCCAGAACACAGCUGUGUGUCUAUGAAGAGUAACAGAUCCAUGGUGAGCCCCUUUGAAUUCAGUGAUGGAGCGGUGACCUCUGACCCUGAAGUGAAGAGAGAUGAUGAGAUCAGAUCAGAAACAUCCCGUCUGACCUGCACUGACAUUGACUCUCAGACACUCAAAAUGCAGAGAGUCAAAGAACAGCACAAAAGCAACAUGAAGAACAAGUAUGAGAGAUUAUUUGAGGGAAUCAAACUAGAAUAUAAUCAAACCCUCCUGAACAAGAUUUACAUAGAGCUCUACAUCAUAGAGGGAGAGAGUGAAGGAGUGAAUGAAAAACAUGAGGUUUUACAGAUUGAGAAAACACAAAUAACACAAGACACUUUAAUCUGCUGCAAUGACAUAUUUAAACCCUUACAUCAACCAGGACGUGAGGAGAAAGAUGAAAUCAAGACUGUUCUUACUAAAGGCAUCGCUGGAAUUGGAAAAACCGUCUCUGUGCAGAAGUUAAUUCUGGACUGGGCCGAGGGAAAAACCAAUCAGGAUGUAGAUUUCAUGUUCGUGCUUCCAUUUCGAGAGAUGAACUUGAUUAAAGAUCGUCAGUACAGUCUUCACAGACUUCUGCUGGACUUUCAUCCUGAACUUCAAGAUCUGGACUCAAAGAUUUAUGAAGAGUGUAAGGUUGUGUUCAUCUUUGAUGGUCUGGAUGAAAGCAAAUUUGCACUGAUGUUUUCAGAUAAUGAGAGAGUUUGUGAUGUGAAUGAGUCUUCAUCAGUGGCUGUGUUGAUGUCAAACCUCAUCAGAGGAGAGCUGCUUCCCUCUGCUCUGAUCUGGAUCACCUCCAGACCUGCAGCAGCCAAUCAGAUCCCCGCAGAAUACAUCAACCGUGUGACAGAAAUUCAGGGAUUCAAUGAGCCUCAGAAGGAGGAAUAUUUCAGGAAGAGAAUCAGUGAUGAGCAUCAAGCCAGCAGAAUCAUCUCACACAUCAGAAGAUUAAGAAGCCUCCACAUCAUGUGUCACAUCCCCGUCUUCUGCUGGAUCUCAGCCACUGUGCUUCAAAACCUCCUGAAACAAGAUGACAGUGCAGAAAUCCCUCAAACUCUGACUGAAAUGUACAUCCACUUCCUGCUGACUCAGAUCAACAUGAAGAAUCAAAAGUAUGAUGAGAGAGAUCCAGAGAAACCCCUGAAGUCCAGCAGAGAUGUGAUUGUGAAACUUGCGGAACUGUCUUACAAAGAGUUGAUGAAGGGCAAUGUGUUGUUCUACGAGGAGGACCUGAUUGAGAGCGGGAUAGAUGUCACUGCUGCCUCAGUGUAUUCUGGGAUUUGCACUGAGAUCUUUAAGGAGGAAUCUGUGAUUCAUCAGAGGAAAAUCUACUGCUUCAUUCAUCUGAGCUUUCAAGAGUUUCUAGCCGCUUUCUUUGUAUUUUGCUCCAAUGGUAAGAAUGAGGAACCACCGAAUUCAUGCCAGAAAGGCUCUCUGUAUGACCUACUAAAACCAGAAGUUGAUAAAUACCUACAGAGUAAAAAUGGACACCUGGAUCUUUUCCUGAGGUUCCUGCUGGGCAUGUCACUGGAGUCCAAUCAGAGACUCAUAAAGGAUCUGCUGACACUCACAGUGAACAGCUCAGAGACAAUCAACAGAAUCACACAGUACAUUCAAGACAUAAUCAAGGGUGAUGAACGUCUCUCAGUUGACAGAUGCAUCAAUCUGUUCCACUGUCUGCUUGAAAUGAAGGAUCAGACUCUGUACAGAGAGAUUCAAGAGUUUGUGCAAUCAGAGAAUCUCUCAGUGAGGAAACUCUCUCCAUCUCACUGCUCAACAAUCGCCUACAUGCUUCAGAUAUCAGAGGAGGUGCUGGAUGAGUUUGAUCUGAGGAAAUACAACACAUCAUAUGAGGGAAGAAAUAGACUGAUACCAGCUGUGGUGAACUGCAGAAAAGCUCUACUUGCUGGCUGUAAUCUCACUGGUCAGUGCUGUGGAAGUUUGUCUUCAUGUCUACAAUCAUCAAACUCACUGAGAGAGCUGGACCUGAGUAACAAUAACCUGCAGGAUUCAGGAGUGAAGCUUCUGACUGAUGGACUGAAAAGUUCACACUGUCAACUCAGCAUACUGGGACUUGCUGGCUGUAAUCUCACUGGUCAGUGCUGUGAAAGUUUGUGUUCAUCUCUACAAUCAUCAAACUCACUGAGAGAGCUGGACCUGAGUUACAAUAACCUGCAGGAUUCAGGUGUGAAGCUUCUGACUGAUGGGCUGAAUAGUUCACACUGUCAACUCAACAUACUGAGAGUGACAGAUUGCAAUCUCAGUGAUCAGUGCUGUGAAAAUUUGUCUUCAUCUCUACAAACAAACUCCUCUCUAAAAGAGAUGGACUUGAGUAACAAUGACCUGCAAGAUUCAGGAGUGAAGCUACUCUCUGAUGGCCUGAAGAUUUCACACUGUCAGCUCAAAAUACUGAGAUUAUCUGGCUGUAUGGUGACAGAGGAAGGCUGUUGUUUUCUGGCUUCAGCUCUGAGUUUAAACCCCUCACACCUGAGAGAGCUGGAUCUGAGCUACAAUCACCCAGGACAAUCAUUAGUCAAGCUGCUCUCUGAUUCAAACUACAGACUGGACAAACUCAAUCUGGAUCAUGGAGGAGAGAUCAGGAUUAAACCAGGACUAAAGAAAUAUGCACGUGAUCUCACAUUGGAUUUAAACACAGCACAUACUCAACUUGCCCUGUCUGAGAUGAACAGAACAGUGGAAUUUGUGAGAGAGAAGCAGCCAUAUCCUGAUAAUCCAGACAGAUUUGAUAAGUGUUAUCAGGUUCUGUGUAGAGAGAGUCUGUCUGAACGCUGUUACUGGGAGGCUGAAUGGUGUGGGAGGACAGUUUAUGUAUCAGUGGCAUAUAAAGAAAUCAGCAGGAAAGGACGCAGUGAUGACUGCUGGUUUGGAUUCAAUGACAAGUCUUGGAGUCUGAACUGGUUUAUUGACAGAUUCACUGUCAGUCACAAUAAUAAGAUCACAGAAAUAUCAGUCCCUUCACAUCGCUCUAACAGAGUAGGAGUGUAUCUGAACUCGUCAGCCGGCAUUCUGUCCUUCUACAGCGUCUCUGACACACACACACUCACACACUUACACACAUUCACCAGCACAUUCACUGAACCCCUCUAUGCUGGAUUUACAGUUUUUUAUGAUUCUUCAGUGUCUCUGUGUGAGAUUAACCAUUAAAGACAGACAGUCACCCAAAGCCAAAAAUAACU